AUGUCGCGCUCUCCCAGCUCUGCGGCCGAAAUGUCUGACGCUGCUGAGCACACGGACCCUUCUCCUAUGGAGGAGGUUCAGGACCUCACCGGCGAUGCGGGUGACGCUGCCGAGGACGAGGAAGUCGAGCCGGAUAUGAGACUUGAGAGCGAGGAGUACCGGACCUGGAAGAAAAACACGCCGUUCUUAUAUGACCUCGUGAUAACCCACUCGCUUGAUUGGCCCUCACUGACUGUCCAGUGGCUCUCUGCGCCAACUAACAACACGUCAGAUUUCUGCGAGUAUGAGCUCCUACUGGGCACAAAUACGUCGGGAGCGGAGCAAAACAAGGUGAUGAAGGCGAAAGUGUGGCUGCCCUUAGACGACGCGUGCAAGCUGAAUGAAGACACCCAAGAGUUGGGUGACUACAAUAAUGCCGUUGAGCGCAAGAUGAAGACCUCGCUUAGUUUUAGCCACCAAGGCGAGGUGAACCGAGCGCGUUGCAUGCCGUCCGAUAACCUCUUUGUGGCGACCAAGACCCCUAGCGCUGAAGUGCACGUGUUCGACAUUUCGAAGAUCAAAACUGAUGCUGGAGAAAGUAUUGAACCGACACACCGACUACUGGGCCACGGUAAGGAAGGCUACGGCCUCUGUUGGGACCCGCACCAAACGCACCACCUCAUUUCCGGUUCCAACGACGCGAUCAUUUGCGAAUGGGAUAUUACCAAGGCUGGCACAACAGUCGAGCCUCUGCACAAGUACACUGGCCACAGCGACGUCAUUGAGGAUGUGGCAUGGCACUGGCAUCACCCGAAGAUCAUCGGCUCGGUCGGUGAUGACAAGAAGCUGCUCAUGUAA